AUGGCGACAUCCAAGCCUGAGUAUGUGGACGUGAAGGACACUUCUUCCGGCGAGGAAAAGUACCCCACCUCGGACGCUCGCGACUACGGCGCUACCGAUCACGGCGUGGGCCAGUCUCGCUUCAGAAAGCGGGUGCCCAAGUUCAGUCUUGAAGUCCGCCGAGAGGAAAGCAGUUUCGCCAAAUCCAAGAACGCUUCCAACGCCGACUUUGACCCAAUUCCUCCAUCCAAGCGUACCUGGAAAUGGCAUUCCUAUGUUGCAUACUGGAUGGCCGAUGCCUGGGCGGUCAGCAACUGGGAAGUCGCCUCAUCCAUUAUCGCUGUUGGUCUGGACUGGAAGUACGCCAUUGGUGCUUGCGUUCUGGGCAAUUUUCUCAUGGGUCUCGUCAUCACUGUGAACGGUAGAAUCGGUGCUAUUCUACACACACCUUUUCCGGUGCUCUCUCGCAUGCCUUUCGGAUACUACUUCUCUUACUUCGUGGUCCUGUCUCGCUGCGUCCUCGCCAUCGUCUGGCUCGGUGUGCAGACCACUACUGGUGGCCAAUGCAUGGAGGUUCUGCUAACGGCAAUCUGGCCAUCCUUCCCCAACAUACACAACACCUUCCCUGAGGACGAGGGUAUCACAUCAGCUGGAAUGGUAGCUUUCCUACUCUACUUCCUGCUCCAGCUUCCAUUCCUCUGCAUCCCAUACACUAAGGUCCAAUACUUCUUCGCCUUCAAGUCAGUCAUUGCCCCGAUUGUCUUCUUGGCUAUCUUCGGCGACACUCUGCGCAGAGCUGGCGGCACGAUCGCCCACAGUGAGGUGGUCACCCGACCAACCUUGCUCCACGGUUCUGCCCUGGUCUGGGCUUUCUUCUCAAAUCUCAAUGGUGUCUUGGGCAACUACUCGACACUCGGCCUCAAUAUUGCCGACUUUUCCAGGUAUGCCAACAAGCCCAGCGCGCAGAACGUACAAGCCAUCGUCAUCCCCAUUAUCUUCACGAUCCGAGACGCCUACGGCGAAGUCCUCUGGAACCCCAUUGACAUCAUCAAACUCUGGAUGGCAAGCGGCUCUCAUGGUGGACGCGCUGCUGCCGCGUUCGCAGCCAUUGGCCUGAUCAUCGUUACCCUUGGUAUCAACAUCUCAGCCAAUUCCAUCUCUGCAGCGAACGAUCUCAUGGCUUUCUGCCCUCGGUACAUUAACAUUCGACGAGGUCAGCUCCUCGCCGCUUUCAUCGGCAGCUGGGGCUUCGUCCCCUGGAAGAUUCUUGCUUCCGCCGCGAAGUUCCUUGCCUUCCUGGGCGGCUACACCAUCUUCUUGGGACCCAUGACCUCCAUCCUGAUGACCGACUACUACAUAGUCCGACGAGGCAGAGUCUCGGUUCCAGACAUGUACGACUUCCACGGCAUCUACCGCUACCAGCCCAAGAUUGCAAGCAACUGGCGAGCCGUAGCCGCUUUCUUCAUCGGCUGCACUCCUCCCCUCCCGGGCUUCGUCAACAACAUCGUCGUUGCUGGCGGCAGCACGACGAAUAUUUCCAUUGGCGGCCAGCACUUAUUCGCCAUUGGUUACAUCUACUCAUUCUUCGCGGCCGGCGUCUUCUACUGGGGCUUCAACCGCUUCUUCCCGCAUCACGAGUCCAUCUUGGAUCAUGCCGUGACAGGGGAAGAGAUCAUUGCGGCGAAUGACCAGAAGAAUGUCCAAGAACGCCGUGCUAGUUACUCGGAGCAUAAGCCGAGUAUCGUGAAUAGGUUCUUCACCGUCUAG